AUGUCAUUUAACAUCGAUAGCGCCACAAACAGGAUCAAGAUGCUGGGGGCUAGUAGUUCGCAGUGCCUCUCAAAAUCCUUAGACGUAUACUUCAAGUCGGCUAACUCGAAGCCUUUAUCAAAUAUCUUCAGGCAUGGCAUGAGACAUGUGGAAGAGCUCAAUCUUGCUCCUGUUCUUUCAUGGCCACCAUUGCCAGACGCAGCGACCUGCUCGGCACGCUUAGAGGUAUUCUUCACCCGUAUCCAUGUCAUCUAUCCUGUCUUCGACAUCGACUUCUUCAAGGCAACUGUCAUCAAACUGGCUUCCGUCUCCAACCUUAUGGCUUUGCCACAAGAGCAAAUCCCGCUGCUCGUGUCCGCAUAUCUUGUGAUGAGUUUGGGCGCCGAUGAAGUUGCUCACAAACUUACUCCGGAUGGAGGAAAGUUUAUGGAAGCAGCAGCAGGAUUGGUAGGUCAUGUGGUCUUUAUGCCAUACCUUGCUUCAGUACAAUGUUUGCUCCUAUUCACCAUAGUCUGUCGAGGACAGAAUCAAGACGGUGUCGGAUAG